AUGCAAGCCGACAUGGAAUGGCCUAGCAUAUCAUCGCAGCAACGCCGCCUUUCUUCCGGUGACAAUGAUAUCCGGAAUCGUGCGUACGGUCCAACUGGGGGAUACCCGUUCUACCAAGAUAUGAAGCAGAAGCAAAAGUAUAGCAGAGAAGCCUUCUUCGGCCUCGAAGGCCAGUAUCGGUCAGAAAGGCCGGUCUCGGUAACGACCGAGUUUGUCGAUACGGAUUGGGAUGAGCAAAUUGCGAGCGAGGCAGAGGAGAACUCUCCUCGAGUAAGCCUGCAAUCGUCGGGGCACCCGAGCAUCGCCACCGUAUCCUCAUACGAUGAAGCCCUAACACCACGCUCAAGUAGAGGCCGGAAAGCGCAUGUCGAAUCAUCUCCAAAGCAAGUGGAGGGCCCUCGUGGUCCCCAUCUAUUUCGACAGUCGAUAGAUUCGUCCAUUUUGGAGGGCGACGCCGUCCUCACUUUGUCACCCAUGACGCCUAAGUCGUCCGGUGGACUUCUUGACGGUCCGGAACAUGCACCACCGGCCCUGGGAAGCAGUAGCCCCUUUCAGUACUCUGAUGAAGAGCUUGAACCAUCGGAGCUCGCGUCCUGGACGCCUGAGAUGGUAGCGCAAUCCAUGCACAACGCUGGCAUUGAGCUGUUUGCCUCAGGCCGAUUCAUUGAAAACGACAUCAGCGGUGGAAUACUCAUUACCUUGAAGUUCCAAGAUCUGCGCGAGCUGAACAUCCCAUCGUUUGGCAUUCGUACCAAGGUCUGGAGUCAGAUCCAGUUGCUGCGAGAGGAACAAUCAGUCACGCCGCCACCUACGACGCCGAUAGAGGACGUUCCUAGUCAAGAGGUGAGAUUCGACAAAGAGUCAACGACUAAUGCCAGCAACACAAGCGUUAGGGGGGGGCAGAGCAGCCAGAGGAAUCUGCGUCGACGAGAAAGGGUAAAUGGCGACACAGUCACACCCUUGGAGUCUGUUUCCAUUAUUGGCAUCGAGCAGGUCAUUCCAAAACCGCAUCACUGUCCCAAAGGGGAGAACUGUUCCAAGUGGAAGAGGCAGCAGCGUGCAAUGGCCGACUUAAAGAAGGCCAACCCAAAUCUCGAUCUCCAGGCGGGGGGGUCAGUUCUGAUAUUUGGAGAUGCCGGCAACCCGCAGACGGCCCAAGCUAUUGAUCCGAAGGAGGCGCUCCGUCCCAUUUCCGACGCAGUCCAUUCUGUCGCAGCAUCUUCUGACAUUCUUGGCCCGCAAAGCUUGCCUCCUUUGCAACAUCUGCAGGAGGCAGUCCUUCGCAGUGUCCGGGCCCGUGACCCGCAAGAAAAUGUUCGUCAAUUCCUCGGUUUUCAGAAGCAAACCGGCAGCAACGAGGUUCCUCCAACGCCCCCCUUUGAGUUCACACCAGCCUUGAAAACUCUCCGCCGUGAUUUUGGUAGCCUGCCCAAGUUGUCGAUUCCCAUCAAGGCCACCUCGGAGAAGCAUCUACCCCUGGUGUCUACAGGGGCUCCGGAUACGCCCUCGGACCAGCCCCGGGAGCAACCGCAACGGCAGUCCCCUCCACAACAAGGCUUUACGCCAUAUCGAAUGGACAAAGCAAAUCCCAUCUCGGCGGAGCUCGAGACGUCGAGAAAUCCUCGCCGAUUUGGGACCCCUUUCUCGGAACUUGACGUCCCAGUCACGGCGGUACAGCUGGGGACUCUGCUCCGGGAUGUUUCUCAGUCUGUCCCCCCUGACAUGAACUACCGAUCAAACAUGUGCACCGCCCUUCGCGCGCGCUCCCAGUCCAGAGCUUCGGCAGUUCGGCCUUCGUUUCCCACUCUUCCUGUUGUGGAUGAGAAUCUUUGCGCUCGUGCCGUUUCCAAGACGCCUAUCCGCGAUGCUGAUGGCCCGCCUAUCCAACCCCGACUUUCAAUCGCUGCUUGCAUGAACCAUCCGUGUGUCCCCGUGGAGAGUGGCGAUAUCGAGAAUUCGCCUUCACCCCUGCCCUCCUUCGGGCUCAAACCUGGCCACAAAAAGUCUGGGGCGACAACCGGUGUCUCCUUUCAAGGCCAGAUGAAGAAGCGCAAGAUGAGUUUCAUUCGUAACGAGUGGCAGGAUGUAUAUUUCACCUUAAAGGGCACUCGCCUCAGCAUGCACAAGGAUGCCACAAAAAUGGAUCGUACACUUGAAUACGUCGACAUUGACGAAUAUUCCAUCACUUGUUCCGGCGUUGCCUCGACGUCGAAGCUCAGCGCAGCCUUGAAAGCGAUGGGUAUCUCGCAUAAUCGCGACAAAGGCGACCUUGUUGCGGCCUUUAGCUUUCAGCUCAUUCCUCACGAUAAAGAAGUUGGCGCGCGGCUACGCAGGCGCGACAGCUCCCUUUUUACUUCUUCGACUGCCACUACCACCAACACAAGUGGCGAACUUGCCGAGGGUAUCAAUGGCACCGGCAAGACGUACCACUUUGCGGUCAAGGACCGCGAUGAACGCAUCGACUGGAUGAGGGAGCUCAUGCUAGCCAAGGCACUUAAGCAGAAAGGGCAAGGAUUUGAGAUCAGCGUCAACGGCAGCAUGAUCUAG